ACUGAGGUCCACUCCAGCACUCUGUCCUCUCACACACAGCCUGCUGAUUGUGUGUGUGUAUGUGUGAGAGAGAGAGAGAAAGAGAGAGAGGGAGAGGGAGGGAUGGAGCUACCAAACAGCAGUGCUGCUGCAGAUAAACUAACACCUCUAUCCUUGUGAAUGAGGAGCUUUCUUUAUAUUUUUUUGGAUCUGCCUUGAAAUCUUCAAAGCCUGGAUUGGAUUACUAUUUUCCUGCUUUGAGCCAUGAUUUAAAAAGGAUACCUGUUACUUUUCUUUUUUCUUUCUUUUUUUUUUCUUGAGGGUUGAUUAAAGAGAACAAUGUCCCAGGUGUCCCGAGGAUGACUCGAGCUGCAGAUGCAUGAGACAGCUUGGACCCACAAGGAUAAGCAACUCGCGCCGUUUUGCUCCCAGGAGACGACGAGAACCCUGGUUAUCUGCUACAGGAAAAGGAAGCAGAUCCUUGGAUUAAUGUGUGUACAGUCUCGAGAAGGGAGAAAAGGAUUCUGGGUUACCUGAAGACACAAGCACACAGGUCUGGAUCGAGCCUGUGGCAGAGGUGGGAUUGGCAUGGCUCAGACCAGCUUUGUGUCAACCCAUCAUGUCUGCCGGGCCUGAUGGCAGAAGGGAGCAUUUGUUAAAGCUCAUGCCAUCCAACUCACGGAUCACUGUCCAACGCAAAAAAAAAAAAUUAAUCAUUCGCUGUUAUGGCUGUUGAGCUUGACGAUUGCGGCAGCCAUUAGGAUUUUUUUUUAAUAUCACCUGAGAGCGAACGCUUUUGUGGUGAGUGGGGAUGCUUUUUUGUGCGGGCUUAUCUGCCAUGGUAAAGGCAUUGAGAGAAUGAGCCUUUGACAACAGAGGAGGUCAUCGUCCAAACAAGGAUCAGCUCAGCAAACACUGACCAGGUCAGGAUAUCACAAGAAACCCUCUGGACAAACKUUUUUUCUCUUUCUGAGAGGAUAAGAGCGAAUUCAACAAGAAUUCUUGAUUGGAUUUUUUUUCUUCGGUUUUUUUUUUUGGAAGGCUGCUGGAAAAGACUUACUGCCUCGUCUAAAUCAGGGCCUCUUGAGUGAUUAGACUGCCAGGAUACAAACCUUCAAGAUGGUACGUCAGUGCAAGUCCUUCAUCCUCUUCCUUGUCAGGAUCGGGCUGCUGCUGGGUCUUGCGAACCCUCUGGUCACCUCUGCCUCAUGUCCCUCAGGCUGUCGCUGUGACGGGACCUUCAUAUACUGUAAUGACCGUGGCCUGACUUCCAUUCCUACGGGUAUGCCCCAGGAUGCWACAGUUCUGUUUCUGCAGAACAACCGCAUUAAGAGCUCGGGCAUUCCUGCUGAGCUCCGCAGACUCACAAACGUGGAGAAGAUCUACCUGUACUGUAACAAUCUGGAUGAGUUCCCCACUAAUCUUCCCCGUGGGCUAAAAGAGCUCCACCUGCAGGAGAACAACAUUCGGAUGAUUACCCAUGCCUCUUUAGCCCAGAUUCCCUACAUUGAGGAACUUCACCUGGAUGAUAACUCUGUAUCAGCAGUCAGCAUAGAGGAAGGGGCAUUCAGGGACAGUAAUCACCUGAGACUGCUGUUUCUCUCCCGAAACCAUCUGAGCGCCAUUCCUUCAGGUCUACCCAUGAGCAUCGAGGAGCUGCGCUUUGAUGAUAACCGCAUCUCUUCCAUCUCAGAGCAAUCGCUGCAAGAUCUCAUCAACCUGAAACGACUAAUCCUGGAUGGUAACCUGCUCAACAACCGAGGGAUCGGAGAGAUGGCUUUCAUCAACCUGAUCAACCUGACUGAGCUCUCGCUCGUCAGGAACUCCUUGACAUCACCGCCGGCAAACUUGCCAGGCACCAGUCUAGAAAAGCUGAACCUACAAGAUAAUCACAUUAACCGGAUCCCACCUGGGGCCUUUGCUUUCCUCAGGCAGCUGUACCGCCUGGACUUGUCUGGUAACAACCUGAGCAGUCUCCCACAGGGUGUGUUUGAAGAUCUGGACAAUCUCACACAACUACUGUUGCGGAACAACCCCUGGCAAUGCAACUGCAGGCUCAAAUGGGUGCGUGACUGGUUGCGGUCACUGCCUUCUAAGGUGAAUGUUCGAGGCUUCAUGUGCCAAGGUCCCGAUAAGGUCAAAGGCAUGGCAAUUAAGGACCUAACUACAGACAUGUUUGGGUGCAUGGACUCAGAACUGUACUCCACAUACGAGACGAGCACAGUCUCUAACAAUUUACGUCCAUCACAGCCCCAGUGGCCCUUAUUUGUCACUAAAAGGCCUGUGGUAAAAGGACCCGACAUCAGUAAGAAUUACCACAGCACUACCACCUCUUCAGGCAGAAAGAUCAUCACCAUCAGCGUGAAAUCAAGUAGUGCAGACGCAAUACAUAUAUCAUGGAGAGUGUCACAACCCAUGACUGCCCUGAGGCUCAGUUGGCUGAAGCUGGGACACAGCCCUGCCUUUGGAUCCAUCACCGAAACCAUUGUGCAGGGAGAGAAGACGGAGUAUCUGCUCACUGCGCUGGAGCCAGAGUCGUCCUAUAGAAUAUGCAUGGUUCCCAUGGAGACCAGCAAUAUUUACCUGUCAGAUGAGACCCCUGUUUGCAUUGACACGGAGACCGUAUCUCACAAACCAUACCACCCGACUACAACUUUAAACCGAGAGCAGGAGAAAGAGCCUUACAAAAAUUCCAGUCUGCCUUUGGCUGCCAUCAUCGGAGGGGCUGUGGCUCUUUUGGCAAUAAUAAUGUUGGCAUUGGUGUGCUGGUACGUCCACAGGAAUGGUUCACUUUUUUCCAGGAACUGCACCUACAAUAAAGGCCGCCGGAGAAAGGAUGACUACGCUGAGGCUGGCACUAAAAAGGACAACUCCAUCCUAGAAAUAAGAGAAACUUCUUUUCAAAUGAUACCUAUAAAUCACCUGCCUGUGUCCAAGGAGGAGUUUGUGAUACACACAAUUUUUCCACCUAAUGGCUUAAGUUUAUACAAAAGCCCGCAUACUGACAACAGCAUUAACAACAGGAGCUACAGAGACAGUGGAAUACCAGAUUCAGAUCAUUCCCAUUCAUGAUAUUACACACGGACAUUCACGAGGAGUGUGUGACUAAAACAAAGUGGCAAGACUUUUACAAAACACUGGAUAUAUAGAACUAAGGAAGCAAUGUUCUGUACAUUUGCCAUAUAAUUUAUAUUUAAGGACAUUUUAUGAAGAUGAAGAACGUUCCAGUUGCAGGCCAUCGCUGAACUAUCAGUGAAUAACUACCUGCACCUACCUUCUAUAUUUUAGGGGUUUGUAGUAAUUUGUACUGUAUUUCCUUUGCUUAAGGUUAUCAACCAACAAAAGAAACUCUGUGUUCUAUUAAGAUAUGAUGACUUGUCAACUGUGAAAGUGGGUUUUCAUUGCUGUGUUGAACAAUCAGACUUUAGGAAACCUUGUAGUAUAAGCACAGGUCAUUCUUUUACCUUUGUGGCUGUUUAGAAAAACAAGAAGGCCAAAAAAUGGCAAGACGAUAAACUAAAAAGGCACAGAUGAUUGACUAAUUYACAAAGCAGGCAUGCUGUCCUCCAACAGAAUGAGCAGUCAGUAGCUAUCACCACUUACUAUGGACCAAGAUUUUUUUUUCUCUCAUAUUCACCUAAUGUGUGGCUAUGAAUAACUAAAGAUAAGGUGCCAUGAUUUUUGUUUCUGCUUUGCUCAAUGCAUUAUUUUGUUCUGUUUUCAAGAAGAUGAAACACAGCAGAGCAGGGUUCCAAUGUUACUGACAGGAUUGUAGGCCACAGCACAGGGCAUAAAGCACAUUGACCUUAAGGAGCUUGCUACUCCUCAUACAAGUAGGGGUCAAGAUGACACAGAUAUCCCCCCACCAAACAACAACGAUUUGUAAAAGCCAACAAAGGCCAAAUGACAAUGGCGGCAUUCUUUAGUACCAUGUACCAUACGUCAUUCUAGUCUUCAGGCCAAAAAAAAAAAAAA